CACAUCGUCUUGUGAUGGAGGACGAGACGCUUCGCCUGCAGUUCGGCACGGCCGCCACGACGAUCGGCACGCAGUGGCUGGCGUUGCAACAAGCCAAUGGAGCUGCCAAGACGCCACACGUACUGGCCUUCGAAGCCAAAGGGCGCGUUAGGAGACAGAUCCGAAUUACGCCAAAGCAACAGGAAGAUUCUGCACUAUGGGGUGGCAAUGUGCAAGUGUACGACCAAUCGGGGGCGGAACCAGUGAGUGAAUCAAGCAACGAUGGACUGUGGACCUGGGGCAAACUCAAUGAGCACAACCUUGUGGAGGUGGAUGAAUUCCGUCCACACAUGCCGUUGCACAAUUUCUAUGAAGGUCACGCCGUUUCUAACGGAGGAAACAUCGGCAACGUGACGUUGGAAAAUGCAGAAGAUCGAGUGCGAACUGUAUUGGAAGCGUGUGACCAGUUGAGGCUGGUGCAAGGUCUUGUGGAUAUGGACUCGUCAUGGGGAGGACUGGCUCAUGAGAUGAUGACAUACGUCGCUGAGGAGUGUCCAGGUGCAGUGAUCAUGGUAGUUGGCAACGACUGGAGCUAUCCGAUGGCUACCGACGACCAAGACGCCGUGUUCCGUGCUGAGCAAAACGUCCGAGAUCGCUCGAAAAUUGAGGGCAGGAAGCGAAUCAACGUGGCCUCAUCCAUGGCGCUGCUGUCUGAAGUUUCACAUUUGCUUGUGCCGGUCGCGAUGUCUUCGGGUUCAUUGCCAGGCUCAAGGUUCCCCCAACUUGCUCUAAACCGGUCGAGCUGUGGUGAUGUAGGGACAAUUGUUGCCACUGCAUUGGAGCUCGCGUUGUCAGCAUAUCGAGGACGACCUGCCUAUGAAAUAUUGGAGGGAUUUCAAUUCAAUAUGAAGGUCGCCGAGCUGGCUGCAACGUUCCCAUACGCUUCGGAUCCAACGCUUUUGUUGCAACACAUUAGCAAAAGCGUUAGUGAGGAAGUUGGCCGCAACAACCUGACAGAAGACCCGUUCCAGAACUACUCGUUGCUUCCUGCCAUCCAACAAACUACCAGUGGUCUCAACGAAAGUUACAGCAACAAGACAUCCUACCGACGUCUGCACUUCCGCGGAUCUUUCAGUUGCAACUCGUCAAUGCGUUCCGCCUUGGAUUCUUUUCCGGUAUCGCCCCGUGACGUCGCACUGUGCUGGUCUGAUACGUCUCCUCUUAAACUACCAGAAACGUACCGCAUCCGUGCACUGCAGAGCUCGUCUGUUGAUGGCAUUUCUCAAUUAGCGUUGUCAAGUCGGACUGGUGAAUACUUGUCAAACCUGGCACAACGCGCUGCAAAAAGCGACAAGCGCACACUGUACGAGUUCACACGUGCUGGGAUGAGCCCCGACGCGCCGGAAGAGCUGGCAUCCGCGUUGGCAGUCAUGGGCGACGCCUACUUGACUCAGUAGAAUGAAAACUGGUACCUUAGAAUGCUUUCUCCCAAGUUGAAGUGGUUCUCGGCCAAUCGAUAAGUUCAGCACCAGAAACCGGCAAACGCGUACUCAGUGUAGUGUGCCCUUAUCAGAAAGCAACAACCCAUCCAGCCACAAGCGAAAGCGAGACACUCAUUGCCAACCAGCGAAAUGAAUCAGAUGAUCGGCGGUGCCGUGCGUACAGAUUCAAGGCGAGGCGAAGGCACUGUGCCCUAUAAUACUCGCCACGGCGUCAAGGAGAAUUCGUGGACUGAGGUGGAGUGAAAAGAACUUGAUCACGCCGUAAUAAAUAAUAUUUCGGUUGGAGUCUUGCCUUGCACGAAAAAUCUCCAAGAUUUAACCAGCAAUGAUACAUGACAUGCAUUGUGCUUUGCAUUCAGUUUGCUCAGCUAAUUAGUGUUAAAUCAUGGACGGUUUUUGUUUGGGAGUUGCUCAAAUCGUGUUUUCAGCACUUUU